AUGGCGCCCGGAGUGCUCCAGUCCGAAGCCCCAGCUUCACUGCCAACGCAGAAGGUCAAACAGCUUGACCACCGUGAAGCGUACGACCCUAACAACGACAUCUACGGCAACUACUUCCCGGCCGAUCCUAAGACCCUGAGUCUAGAGUCAAACUUUGGGCCCAUGGAUCCCGCUUCGAUCGGAUACCUCCAGCCUACCCACCGUGAUACCCCCCUCAACGUGAUGCGGGAGCGCUUCGAGCGCGAUGGAUAUCUGCUCAUCAAAGAUCUUCUCCCCCACGAGCCGGUCCUGAAGUGCCGUCGCGAAUACUUCUCACACAUGAGCCCCAGCGGUCUCCUCCGUCCCGGCACCGACCCCGUCGAAGGCACAUUCUCAGGCAAAGACACCAAAAAAUACCUUCCUCCCGGUAACCUUCGCCGUCUGUUCGGCCUCAAAGAUGACCCGGAAAGCGACAAGUACGCCGAGCUUAUGGUUUCAGCGCACGAGGCCGACUUUUACGUCAACUUUUGCAAGUUCCCCGAGCUGCGCCAGUUCGUCAGCCGUUUCACCGACUGGCAGUCUCCCCAUAUGCUUCAACGCACCAUGCUUCGAGCUUUUGUUCCCGACAGCGAGCUCACACCAGUCCACUUCGACCAAAUGUAUCUCCGCGCUGGUCCUCCAACCAGUCUGACCGCUUGGGUACCCAUCGGGCCGGUGUCGCUCGAGGGUGGCGGUUUGAUGUACCUCGAAGGAUCCACUGAUAUUGGCAUGAAAACCGAGGACGACUUUGCAAAGAACGCGCAUAACCUGACUGACGAGGAGCGUGUCAGCGCGUUUAACAAGAACAUGAACGACGGCGGCUUUCUCAGCCGAGAUACAGUGACAUACGGCAAGGAGACUCAGAGGAAAUGGUUGAUCGCGGAAUACGAGGUCGGCGACGUCAUCUUCCACAACCCGUACAUGGUCCACGCCAGCUGCAAAAAUAAAGACCCCGACGCGAGAAUCCGUUUGGCUACGGAUCUCCGAUUCGUCGACCCCGAGAAGCCGUAUGAUAGACGGUGGAUGAAAGUUUACAAGCCCCUUGACGGGCUGUAA